ACUGCUAAGAGAGUCCUUGAACAAAUCAAGACAGCAACAGGGGCGACCAGAGUGUCAAAAUACCUCAGAGAGACCUGGCUGCAGUGUGGGGCUAUGUGGGCCAACUUUGGCCGAAUGUUUUUCCACCACCAAAGUGAGACCAACAAUGUUGUGGAGAGGUUUUUCAACGGAUUGAAAUACAAUUUCCUUGGAGGAUAUUGCAACAAAAGAUUGGAUGACCUACUACUAAUCCUCCAUAACCAUGUGGUGAAGUACUACAGCCAACUUGAUGAGCUCGUUAAUGCUGGUCGAGCCCCCACAAAAGGAUCCCAAGAAAGUGUCAUAUCAGCUGAAAGGAUGCGGUCUCAUGGGCUCGACCAAAACAUCCAGUAUUUGUCUGAGGCCCGCUUCAGUGUACCCUCAGAAAGCAAGCCUGAUGUGUUUUAUGAAGUUGACUUACUGUACAGUGUUUGCCAGUGUCCAGUCAAUGGACAAGGUCAGAAAUGUAAACACAUAGUGUUAGCUCAGAUGGUGUCUGAUGGUCUGAUUGACACAGCUGCACUCAGAGAAGACACAGCAAAUAUGCUAUGUGCAACCAACAGUUUUGUGAGUGAUGAGACAACAGUGAUGGUGCAAAAUGGAGAAAAUGUGGGUAUUGUGAAUCUUGCAAAACAGCAGUGUUCUUGCUUGGCAAGCAGUUAUGGGGAAGUAUGUGUGUGUCUGUUGGUGGCCAACAAAAUUAGUGAAUCAACACUGUCAACCACUGCCUCACAGCCAACCACAACUGUGGACCAGGAAAAUAUAGAAACAGAGAGUGAGCCACCAGUUCACCAGGCAAAAUACUGCAUAAAGGACAUGAUUUAUGAUUUGAGGAAUUGGUGUGAGUCAGAGGAGUAUCAGCCAUCACUUGACCUUUAUACAGCAGUGAAACAUACACACCAGCUCGCCUUUGGCCGCUUCAAAACGGUCUUUAACAAAAGAAAGACUGAGCGACUGCACAAAUACAGGAAACACAUUGAACUUAGCAAAAGACGAAUUGCAAACUAUUCAAAGACAGACCACAACAAGCGGCAGAUACAAACUGUCCAUCACGACGGGGCAUUUAAGCGCAGGCGAAGACAGCGAACCCGUAACUAGUCUUUCCCCAGUUUCCCGACCUGUCCCACACUGCCCCAAUAAAAUAUUUAGAUAAUAUUUAUCGUGUAUUAAAUUCUGCCAUCCUUAGUGCUUGGUAAACUAAGCUGUUUGCGUGUGAAAUUUUGUUUUUACCAUUUUACUGUGUGUAUGAGGGUUGUACUUGGCCUUUAUUUUCAAUAAAGAAUAUGUCACACCCCAUCAGUCAUGUCUCUCCUCCAUCAUGUGUGUGUCCUCUGACGAUACA